AUGUUGGAUGUUAUGGACGGGGAUGAACAACAACGACUUCCUGACCUACUUGUAGAAGCCAUGCUAAUCAAUAAUGAUGAAUUGUCAAAGUUAUCACCGCACUUGCAGGUUGAUUCACUUUGGUUGGCUUCCUUUGAUUCACUUGUACACACACACACACACACACACACACACAGAGCUUCUGCGAAGCCUUGCCCUACCUUAGUCUCAUCCUCGUCGCCGGCAGCUAGGGUUUUCUCAUCUACUUCCACUCCGAUCACUGCCACCCUCUUCCCUGGCGAUGCUAUCAGCCCUGAGAUCAUCGACUGUUGGAAGAGUAAUUGGUUCACACAAGAGAUGAGCUAUAUGAUACUUGCUUUAAUAGUGAGUACCAGGCCAAAACUCGAAGGAACUGUUGCAGAUGGAGAAGCCUCAAAUUCAGAGAGUAGAUUGAUUUGGUGGUUUCGUGAUAGAUUGAAGAAGGCCUCGGGAGUUUUCUAGGAAAGAAAAAGGGAUUGGGCGGGAGUUUUCAGGAAGAUUUUGGAUAUCUCUGGGAGGUGGGCUUGGGUUUGUUUUGGAAGAGGUGUGU